GCGUGAGCUUAGCUGACUUAGCUUUUUAAGCGAACGUGAGCCCUGGUGGGAAGGAAAGGCCAAACCAAGGCGGCGUCAGGAUUUCCAAAGUCAUCCGUGUGCAGAGGGGGCUCGUUGUGGCCGGAUUUUGCUAAAGUCCUAUAGGCAUAAACUAAAAUAGGACCACUCUGGUAAAGAGUGGGGCCCAAGUACAAGCACAGGGCUGUUCCUGUUUCCGCUUGUGCAGAAUUGCUGAAUGGAUCACGCUCAAAAUACUCCCUGGCAGCAAACGUCUGCCUCCCAAACCCCGUCCUCUUCGGCCGCUUCACCUUUUGGUGGCAUAAUGUCAACUAUGACUCCAUAUGGAGCCCCCACAAGUGUGCAGGCGCUUCUUUCUGCCCAACGAAAUGUGCUAUCCUCCGCUCCACCAAAUCAACCGCCGCAGUCGCAGCAGUUCUACACUUAUCAGCUGCAUCCGCAGCCUCUGCAAUAUCUCGUCCCGUCGACGCUGUCAGGCGCCAACUCUUCCGUAUCCUUUCCUGUAACGAUAACAACUCCUUAUGAGAAUUCCUCAACUUACCUAAGAAAGAAAUUCAGCCCAGAACAAACCGAUUUCAUGAGAAAGAAAUUCGAUGAGAAUCCUAAACCUUCUGAUCAGAUCUAUAAGGAAAUUAGCCAGACUGUUGGUCUUUCGGAGAAACAAGUCAAAGACUGGUUUGUGCGAGAGCGAACGAAGAAGAAGAAUGCGAAUAAUGCCGUGUCAAUGCCUACACCAGCGGCAACUCCAGUAACGAUACCAGCGCCAUCAGCUAUAGCCUCUUCAUUUGGACCAACGGUGACCAAUCCAAUGAGCCUUGGGCACUUCCCGUUCAACCCUAGCGCGACUACGACAUAUAACCCAAUCGUCCCCAACACACCUGUUGGAGUCUCCGUGGCCCAACCAGUGGCAAAUGCUCCUUUUAUUUCAGCAGUAGCAGCCCAAUAUACUCCAAGUAGCAGUAUACCGACAGUGCCGCAUCCCUCAGCAAUUGCAUCCUCUUCGACCAGUAACUCAUCACUGGCAGCGCCGACCGUCAAUGCAUAUGAGGCAUAUACCCCACUGGGAACGACCAGCCAAAACACUACGGUUGCCGCACCAACAAGUAGCACGAACGUCUCGAUGUCUGCACCGAUGCCAUCGGGAAAUUCCGUAUAUCCAACAUAUUCCGCGUUUCCCGUCGCUGCAGCAAGUGCAAAUAUGAAUGUUGUACCAGCGACGAAUGCAACUCAUGUGUCUACAAUUUCGCCCCAAAGUGUCAAUACAUCUGCUGUCCCAACAGAUGGAAAUCUAGUACUACCAUCGGGAAUGACCGUCAGUGUAAACAGUCCAUCAACAAAUCCAAUCUUGCCAUAUAGCAUACCGGCUGCCACCAACAGCGUCGAUGUAGACUUCAAGUCCCGAGUAGCGCAAUUAUUGGAGACUCACAAGUAUCUUCAAGAAAGACAUGGUUGCAAUCUUCCUUUCUCUGCCAUGUAUCCUUCUCUUUGGGCAUCCGCCCUACCGUCGACAUUUUCGGGAGCUCAGAGCAUGCCUCCGAACAAUUCAAUGCCUGGUUCACUGAACGGGUGGCAAACAACUGGUGUGCAACCAUCAGCAAGGGAAACAAAUGCAACAGAAGUUGCUAGAAGUGAGCCACUGGAGACGGAGACUUUCCAGCUACCUGAAGACGGCGGCAUGCGUGCAGAUUCUCCUGUGUCCGAAGAUGAAGGAUCAGGGGAGACUCUUUUGGCACCUUUUCUGACCGAAGAUGGACAAGUGAAAGAUAACUCUUCCGCUCAAACACUGGCGAAGCAGUUGGCGCGAGCCACGGUCUGGCAAGAAAGAAUUCCGAUAUUAAAUGCUUUUGAGAAAACCUCAAACAAAGAAGUCUUUGCGAGCUUUUUGAAGAGGCAAGGAUUAAAAACAAUGACCAAAAUGUUACUGAAGGCCAAAGACACAAUACACGAGAACAAUGUGGCUACCUGUGCUAUUGUGGCGCUCAAAGUCCUUCUCAAAUUGCCGGUAGAGUUGAGUGAUUUGCGCGAGAUGAAAACAGGGAAGCUGGUCAAGUACUUUGCAUCCAUAGACGCUGGGAUGCAAUCCCCUGCCGUCCAUGACGCUGCUGGGUCUGUAAUGCGCAGCUGGCAGGCGCUGAUCGGUAAAGCAAGCGCCGACAAAGCUGACGAGAAAAAGCGUAUCAGAGAUGAUUCUAGUGGUGGAGCAGCCAAGAAGACAAAAGUGGUGGACGGACCGAAGAAGGCCCCUGCAGAGGCGGACCGUAAAGUCGUUCAAGCUGUGGAUAAUUUCGACAUCUUUAAGUCGCUAUCACAUGCAGCCUUACCAAAGAUUAAGAAAGCCGAAAAACCGGUUGCAGCAAACUCGGAUGCUCCCGUAUCAACUGAAUCAGUGAAAGAGACUACCCCUGUAGAUGACAUGGCAGAAUCCAGUCCUACAUCAACCGCUAAUUCUUCGUUACUCAUUGAUGCUGACAAGAUACCCAGCUACCGCAGCACUAACGAGAAAAGCGAAGAAACGCCAGCAUCGGUAAAUGAAGCCAAGCCAAAAAAGAAGCGAGUUAGGUUUGCCGAAGCGGACAAACUUGUUUCGGUGCGAUAUUUCGAGAAAUUCGAGCCAACUCAGGAGGAAGAGAGAGAGGCGUUUAACAUUACACCACAUGAGCGUGGUAACGCGCGCGAUUUCGAUCGCCAAGAGGGGCAUAGAGCGUUCAGACGCGAACUAAUAGCAUCAAGAGAUUGGGUAGCUCCGUCUGUCAUCAGCUGGCCAGUUUCCUAUGAAUGGGGCCGCGACUCCACGGAAGCCACAGCGCAGCAAGACCGUGUACGCGGAAUUCUCAGCGCCACGUACUUCUCGGAGGACCAAAUUCCGUACUCUCCUGCUGAACCUCCAGAAGAACAGGAAACUAGUGCGGUGAUCCCACCAAGGAUCAUUCUGGUGGACGAUCAGCAGAGUGUGAAUCCAACAUUGGACGUCGCAGGACAAGCGACGGAUCCCAAUGUUGCUAUGAAUCUAGGUACAAGCAAUCUGGAUGUAAGCGGGCUUUUGAAUGCGCUGUCAUCACAGCAGCCGAGUGUACUGGGUGCGAUUGCUGGGCUACCAGCGCAGAAUGUUGCACCCGUACCGAAUCAGAUGGACCUUGGGACCACAUUGUUGUCUGCACUCAGUUCCCUUAGUAUGCCCAGCGCGCUACCACAGGCGUCAUUGCAGCCCGACCCUAACGCACCGAUUAACGCACAAGCAAUUCUAAUACAGUCGCUUCUUUCGCAAUUGGGUGGCCAGAAUGCGGUAUCUCCGGCGAGUAUCCCAAAUCCCGUGGGCUUACCAUUGUCGUCUUCCCAGACCGAACAGCCACAUCAGCAGCGACAGCUUCUAAAUUCCCUCACUUCACAAUUUGGACAAAACAGCACCCAAUCUCUGUCACAACACGUACAACCACAACAACAAAACCAAGGGCAGAAUGGACGUCCUAACUCGCGAUGGGGUCCACGAGGAGGACAACCUGACUCGAUGCACCGCUCUCAUCGAGGCGGCCACCGACCGGGUCCUUACGAGCGGCCUGAUCGGGGACGUGGAGGGAUUCAGCAAGGGCGUGGACGUGGUGGCGUAAUCAAUCAUCGUGCACGCGGAACCAAGAGUUGUUUUUUCUACACACAGGGCUAUUGUAGAGCUGGAGAAGCCUGUACAUUCCGACAUGACGUGCCUCCAGCGUCAGAAGGUGGAACGUGAAUAAUUGUGAUUAUGAAAGCCGACGUAUUGGAACCACGCAAAAAGGAUCGUCCUUGAUGGUAAUUUAGUAUGAUAUGUAUAUAAAGUACCCCGUUUGCAGCCAACGGCUCGUCCGCCUGUAGAACCCUCCUCUCCACUAUCCAUUACAUUUCACUUGAUCAGUGGUCCACGCACCUGAUAUUAUCUUUUCAAACACUGUCAUCAGUCAGCAGUCAGCAUCCUCACAACAGAACCAG